AGGUUGCGCGCGCUCCCACUUCCACCGACUUCACCGUCAUUUCGACGUUGUGGAAAGUCCGCUCCUCGCGCUGGGCUCGUUCUCCUUUUCGACAGCAGUACUGGGGAUUUAAUUUCGCCAACCUCCGAGAGCCGGGACGGUGAAUUUCGGAGCACCGGCUCACCUGCGCGCAGUCAUGAAAACCUCCUUUGGGCUCCUCGCCACAAUACUGUGGUACCUGUCACCAAGUCUCUCAUGGGCUGCUAAGAUCAUUGUGGUCCCUCCAAUAAUGUUUGAGAGCCAUCUGUACAUCUUUAAGACACUGGCAUCGGCGCUGCACGCUGAAGGUCAUGAGACGGUGCUGCUGGUGUCGGAGGGAAGAGACGUGGCGCCUUCGGAGCACUACCGUCUGCAACGCUACCCAGGUAUAUUCAACAGCUCAUCAGCAGCAGAUGACUUCCUGCAGGCCAAGGUUCACAACAUCUUCUCGGGCCGCCCAACACCGCUGGAGCUCUUUGACAUCCUGGAGCACUAUGCACAGAACUGUGACAGCGUGGUGGGCAGCAGUUCGGUGAUGGCACAGCUGCAGCAGGAGCGCUUCGACCUGUUGCUUGUUGACCCUAAUGAAAUGUGUGGCUUUGUGCUGGCACACAUCCUGGGUGUGCCCUAUGCCGUCUUCAGCACAGGCCUGUGGUAUCCAGCGGAAGUGGGCGCACCGGCACCGCUUGCCUAUGUGCCGGAGUUCAACUCGCUGCUAACGGACCACAUGACGCUGGUACAGCGUGUGGCCAACACCGUUGUGUACUUGGCAUCGCGGGUAGGAGUGCACUUGCUUGUGCUGCCCAAGUACGACCGCAUCAUGUGGCGGCACGCUGUGCAGCCACCAGCCUCCAUGCAUGAGCUGGUGCAGGGGAGUCGUCUAUGGAUGCUGUGUACCGACUUGGCUCUAGAGUUCCCUCGACCCACGUUACCACAUGUCGUCUAUGUUGGCGGAAUCCUCACCAAGCCACCGAGCCCUCUGCCACAGGAAUUUGCAGCCUGGGUGAAUGACACGGACGAGCACGGGUUUGUGGUGGUGUCGUUCGGCGCAGGGGUGAAGUACCUCUCUGAUGACAUCAGUUACAAGCUGGCAGGAGCGCUGAGCCGUCUAAGUCAGAAGGUCAUCUGGAGGUUUUCUGGAGUUCCCCCAAGGAACCUGGGCAACAACACAAAACUAGUGGAGUGGAUGCCACAGAAUGACCUGUUGGGACACAAAAACACGAGGGCGUUCCUGAGCCACGGCGGCCUGAACAGCAUCUACGAGGCCAUGUACCACGGCGUGCCCGUCGUCGGAGUGCCCCUCUUCGGCGAUCACUACGACACCAUGACCCGAGUGCAAGCCAAAGGCAUGGGCAUCAUGCUGGAGUGGAAGAAAAUGAGCGAGGAGGAUCUCUACACAGCCAUGCUUAACAUCAUCACGGACAGCAGGUAUCGAGAGAAAGCCCUCAAGUUGUCCGAGAUCCACAAAGAUCAGCCCGGCCAUCCAGUGACGCGCGCCGUUUACUGGAUCAGCUACAUCCUGCGGCACCGCGGCGCCGAGCACCUGCGCUCGGCCGUCUACAGCGUCCCCGUCUACCAGUACUUCCUGCUGGACGUCGCCGCCGUCCUGGGGGCGGGCUUGUUUCUCAUCUGCUACUGCGUAUACUGGAUAGUUCGACUCGUCCGCUCGUGUUUGAGAAGACGCAGGGCCUCGGUGGAAAAGGCCAACGGACACUGUCACAACGGCAUCGCAAACGGCAAGCACAAACGCAACGGCCACGUCAAGAGCCUCGACAAGAAGCUCAAAUAACAAAACCCAGGCAAAAAAUAAUUAAUAGACGCUGAAGCUAUACUAAAGAGGAAAAACUAACGACAUGCCAUGUGCGACAGGAACUGAACACACAGGUGAACAGACCAACAAAUAAACAAAACAAGAUGAAGGCGUGAGCUGAAAGCCAAAUGGAGUGGGGGGGAAAAACGAAAUUCGGAUUGCGCUUCUUUGUUGAUCAGAGUCUGAUUUCUUCACUCGUCCAUUUGGAUACAGUGAACGUUGGUGUGUGAUUCGGAAUAUCGACUCCAUCCUUGUAGGACAAACGUGACAGUUUUAAUGUUACAAAUACAUUUUAUUAACUAGUCGCCCUCCUGAUGUCUCAAGUUUCAGAUGUCUGUAUAGAAUAACUGUAUUUAUUUUUCAACUAAUUUUUGGAAAUAUUCCCAUCUUUUCCUGCUUCUCUAUACUGAAGGUGCUCGCAUCCCCUAAAUAUGAUUGUUUUCGGCUUGUUAGACAUCGUAAACAUGCUAGUUGUUGCUAGAGAGAUUAGUGAUGCUGGGCCUUAAAGAAGAAAAUCCACCCUGGAUGACUUUAAUAUCAAUAAUUAUAAACUGAAUGUGAUCUUCACUGGUGCAAAAGAUUCGUCUUAUGAUUAAAUGUUAAUCGUCACGAUGGGCUGUUUUCACUGUUUCCAACGUUACCCACAAUGCCGAUAGUGAUGAUAGUGAUGCAGUGGGAUUUAGCCAUUGCUUCACCUCUACUUAAAGAGAGCGAUGCACUUUAGUCAAGUGCUUUAGUCCAUUUUAUGUUAAUGCCGUCAAAGUAACUGCUAAACACAACUGUAACUGCACUGGCAAUGCCCCCCCUUUGCCAUCAGCGCACAACGAAAAUACAGCCGACAAAUCAGCACCAGAAUGACAUCACAAAUGACAUCACAAAUAUCACACACGCAGUUUUUAUAUUGUUUUUCAGGGUGGAAUUUUCCUUGUGCUAAUAACGCAGUGCGAUUUAGAGAAACUGUGCACAAGUGCUGCUGCUAACAGGCAAUACUAGUUCGCCAUAGAGCAAGCCCACCUGCCAUUUUUUUCUAUUAGGAUCUUUAAAACUUAAUUUAAAUUAAAUUCUUUAGAGCGUAGAUGUGUCCAUUUCAAGGGUGUAGAUGUGUUUUCAAAUGAUAGGCAAUAGUCGUAGAUCAAAAUGUUCCAAUACUGCUUUUAUCUUAAAUACAACAGGAAAACACAUGUUUUUUAAUCUUCUGCUAUCUUCUUUUCUUGUACUCACACUCCCUUUCAUUCCGCCUUGAGGCACUUAACUUGUGUGUGCAUGUGUGAAUGAAUGAAACAGGUCUGAUCGUUGAUGUGUAGAAUAAACAAAGCGCUGAUGUACGUCUUGUAGCUUCUCACAGAGGGAGUGUGUCCUAUGAGGCCUUAUAUUGUAAAUCUUUGGUACUGUAGUUGAAAUCCCAUGAUGCACCAUGCCUCUUUGGAACCAGCCUUUUUUUUUUUUUUGUGAUCGUUUAGGGUUGGUCCUUUUAGCACUGCUGCUUGAAGAGUUCCGAUAACAUUUCACACAAAUCUGAAUGAUUUGUUCUGUCCGAGUGAUCGCUCAUGCAACAGACUACAAUUAGAAACAAAUUUUAUUUCUGGCUAUAUAGCAUAAUUUAGAAGAAAAAAAAAAAUAUCACACUUAGAUCCCAUGUUGAUUUUACACAGCUAAGCAUUACAGUAAAGUGUAACCAUCUUUUUUUCUGAGCAUCUUCUGACUUUUUGGAUUGUACUAAAUCCUGUCAGACCUUCACAGUGGAAAAACAUACUGACUGACCUCUCAAUCCAGUGAUCGUGUCAGAUAACAUAAAACCAAACAGUAAAAAUGUGUAAAUAAUUCAGAAAUGUAACAGUUCAGCCAUUUUCACUGUGAGCUUUAGGCAUUUUGCCAGCCAAGCACUGUUUAUAAUUAUGUCCAUACUUGAAUAUUGUACUGUACAUGGCUGCGAAAUGGCUGGAAAUGCAAAUAAGCUAUGACUGGAGAAAUGGCUACACCCAGAAAAUUCUUUAAACCAUUUAACCAUCACUUUCUGCUCACUUUUUGGUCAUAAUUACAGUAUUAAUAGAUGCCUAAUAGUGGAAGAAAUAACAUUAGUUGCUUAAUGUAGUGGAAAAUGAGUGUAUCUGAGCAACUAUAUGAAGUGUGUGUGUAUGUGUGUGUGUGUGCGUGUGCGUGUGUGUGCACGUGUGCGUCCAGUGCUCUCUUUAUAUUGCUAAUUUAAAACAUGCUACAAAAAAAUUUCCCUUUUCAUUUCUCAACACUUUCUUUCCUUUUACUGUCAGAUUCCAUCGAGUUAGUUUAUUCCUGCUUACACGUUUUUGUUGUUUUUUUUUAUUAAGUAAUGAUUUAAAUAUUUUAAAGUGUCUAUCGUGUGUCUGUUGUAAUGUAAAUAUAGUAUGUAAACAAAAAUACUAAUGUUAAAUAAACAUUAAAUUUUUUUGUUUGCCUAAAAUCUGG